AUCGUAGUAGGAAAUGAUGAAUCACACCAAGGUAAACAAAGAUGGCUGCUAGGUCUAGUGCUUAUCCUUUCUACUCUUUCCUCUUCAUUUCUUCCAUUUUGUUCAUUUCACACAUCAAUGCCACCCAAACACAAGCCAAGCCCCCAGUAGUAAAGGGUCUAUCAUAUUCUUUCUACUCUAAAACAUGUCCCAAACUUGAAACCAUUGUUAGAAACCAUCUCCAGAAGGUCUUUAAAAAUGACAAUGGCCAAGCUCCUGCCUUACUUCGUAUUUUCUUCCAUGAUUGCUUCGUUCAGGGAUGUGAUGGGUCAGUGCUGCUAGAUGGGAGUCCAGGUGAAAGAGACCAACCAGCCAACAUAGGCAUAAGAAGUGAGGCUUUGCAAACCAUUGAUGACAUAAGAGCUCUUGCUCAUAAGGAGUGUGGAAGGAUCGUUUCCUGCGCAGAUAUCACUGUCUUGGCAGCUCGUGAUGCUGUUUUCCUAAGUGGAGGCCCCAAUUAUGCAGUUCCACUAGGAAGACGAGAUGGCAUAAGCUUCAGCACAUCAGGAACAAAAAAUCUGCCAUCACCGCUGAACACUACCAGCGCCACCCUCGACGCUUUCGCAGCCCAAAGCUUCGAUGUCACCGACGUGGUUGCCUUAUCCGGGGCACACACGUUUGGCCGUGCCCACUGUCGCACCUUCUUCAACAGGCUCUCUCCCCUCGAUCCCAACAUGGACAAAACCCUAGCCAAACAGCUCCAAGCCACGUGUCCAGACGCAAACUCCGGCAACACCGCCAACUUGGACAUCAGAACCCCCAAAGUCUUCGACAACAAAUACUACCUUGACCUCAUGAACCGCCAGGGCGUCUUCACCUCCGACCAGGACUUGCUCACUGAUAAGAGGACAAAGGGGUUGGUCAACGCCUUUGCGCUCAACCAGACACUGUUCUUCGAGAAAUUUGUGGAUGCUGUUGUGAGGCUGAGUCAGUUGGAUGUGCUCACUGGAAGUCAAGGUGAAAUUCGGGGAAAGUGCAAUGUGGUUAACAGUAGCAAGAAAUCUUUGUUGAUGUCUGCGGUGGAAGAGGUUGUGCAAUUCGUUGAUCAGUUUUAAGUUGAAUUUUCGUACUUGAUUUUUAGUUGUGCAUGGGGUCCUUCUAGCUUGUGUGUUGUUUGCUAAGGAUGUGGGUGUUCUAUUUUGGACCUUUUUGUUUCAUGUUUAACGUGUAUGACUCUUGUAGUAAGAAUAAAAUGUUCAGUAUGUACUUGAGUUCACAAAUCGCCACACAAAACAAAUAUUAUAUAUAGAGAGAUGGUCUUUGAUUUUACUAU